AUGACGGAUCAAGUAACACCGCCACAAAAUCCCAAGGACGAUGGCGCAACCAGCUUCAAAGACUCUGUGAGCUUGGACAAAUCACCACGAACACCCAAGGACAAUGGCGCGAUAGAUUCUGAAGAAUCCGCAAGUACCCACGCUUCAUCGCAAAUACUCGCGAACGAUGACAAGGCAGACUUCGGAGACUUUGUAAGCACAGACUAUGAAGAAUUUGAGCUUGGAGAAGUUGUCGAGCCGUGGGAUAAGUAUGAUCCCAAGUCAACGCCAAACGUUUUCUAUCCGAUCUGCCUGGGAGAAGUUCUCAAUGAAAGAUAUCUGAUUGAACACAAAAUCGAUGCUGGUGGGUUCUCUACUGUCUGGAUGGCCCUUGACCUCCAGAGAAACAAAGAAGUCGCUGUCAAAGUCUUGUCCACUGGCGACUGUGGAGACAUCGAACUACGCAUACAAGAUGAAAUCAUUCGGAGCGUGCAGGAUAGAUCUCACCUUGUGACAUAUUCGGACACUUUUCUGCUAAACGGAAACGAUUGUCACCAUAGGGUUAUGGUGUUUCCUUUGAUGGGGCCGUGUCUUGACCAUUAUACAGUGAUGAGAUUUGCUAUGGAUACUCGCAUGUCAGCUGCGAAACAAUUGCUAGAGGCGUUGGAAACCCUGCACAACGCUGGAAUUUUGCACCGCGCCGUCGAGCUCUGGAAGCCUGGAGAGUUGGUAGGGCCCCUCCAGGUUCCUGAAAACCUGCGCACAGAAGAUUUUUAUCUCGGUGACUUCGGUCUCGCUAUGAAAGUCGGUGACCCUGUGGCUCAACCAGGCUAUCCACCUAUGCAAUUUUGCUCCCCGGAGCGUCUCCAUGGGAAAGAUCCAAGCUUUGCCUGCGACAUGUGGAGUUAUAUGGUCAACUUUGCUGAGCUUUACCAAGGGCAACCACCGUUCAAUCCUUGGUACAGGGGCGGAGUACUGACAACCAUCACUGGCUUUCUGGGCCCACUGCCAGAGCAAUGGAAAGGUUCUUAUGUCUUUGCUGAUGGCCUCGAUUCCUGGUACGAUCAUAAUCAAACACCUGAUACCAAGAGGACCCUCUCAUCAGAGCUUGAACGCUAUCGACCCGAUGCCGAUCCAGCUGAACGAGAACUUGUGCUCUCCAUUAUGCAGAAGGUAUUCAUCUACUCACCCGAGGAGCGUCUGACUGCGACGCAGCUUCUGGCCGACCCUUCUUUCAAAGCUCUCAUGGCUAGAUUUGGUUGUUGA